AUAUACGUUUAUUAUUUCUAUCCUUAUCCUUAUGUCUCCUGUGGCACAUAUUGUGGCCUCACAGACAUUCGAGUCACAUGCACAAAGACACCCAGACUCAAAACAAACAUUCGUGGAUUCCAAUAAUAUAUAUCCUACUCGGGGAUCGAACCCGCGAAUCGUCGCGCUCAAGGGUUUUGACGUGGUGGCCUCAACCACUAGCCUAUCCAUUCAGUAUCAUUUUGAUAUCAAUUCUAAAACUGCAACAAGACAAUCCAAGUCAACAAGCAUGGAUAGAAAAUUCAUCAACAAAAUUCGCAACAAAAAAAAUAUUUGCGCGUUUUUUAACUGUUUUUUACACUUGAAGUUAUUAAAACGUAUGGACAAUACAACAGUGCUGUGCAUAACGCGAUCGUCAGUCAGUCAGUUGAUUCGUGGUACGGAGUUCAGUGGCUAUCAUAUAAAGACAAAGUGCUGUGUAUAAUUAUUAAAAUAACGGUUUAUCAUGGCGCCCACCGUUCCUGAGUUCUAUGCUGGGAAGUCGGUGCUCAUCACAGGUGGAACGGGAUUCGUUGGGAAGGCCUUGCUGGAGAAGCUUCUUCGUUGCUGUCCAGACAUCGGGACGGUGUACUUGCUGAUGCGGCAGAAGAAGGGCCUAGGAUGUGAGGAAAGACUUAAGGAUCUUUGGAGUAAAAGAGUCUUCGAUCUUUUAAGAGACAAAGAUCCCGAAGCCAUUAAAAAGGUUCGUCUAAUAAAUGGUGAUAUUACGGAACCCGAGCUCGGUAUAUCGGAUGCUGAUAAGAAGGAGCUUCAAGAGAGAUGCAAUGUUAUAUUUCAUAGUGCCGCUUGCGUUAGAUUUGAUCAGAAACUGAAGGAUGCUGUUUUUAAUUUGAACACGACUGGAACCCUGAGAAUGCUGACUUUGGCUGAGUCUAUGAAGAAUUUACAGGUCUUUGUCCAUCUGUCGACGGCAUAUUGUCGCUGUGACCUUGAAAUGUUGGAGGAGAAGCUGUACCCAGCUGUCCACAACCCAAGGAAGAUAAUAGAGAUAGUAGAAUGGAUGGAUGAUGACACUCUUCAAUAUUUGGAGCCAAA